GACCCUCCACGAGCUCCCCAUCCCAUACAGCUCCUCUCGAUAUUUUUCCUCUACCAGAACACAACCUCUCAACCACCAACACCACCACCACAUCACCAACCCAAACACCCACAAUGCCGCCUCACGAGCCCUCACCCUUCCUCGACCCAGGCCCCUCGUCCACGCCCUCGACCCUCGGCAUAAUCCACCUCAAACGCGACCUCCUCGUGCCCACGAUCCUGAGCACAUCCACGCCGUCCGCCACAAGCGACUACGCCGAGGGCAUCGUGACGAACACACGCUUCGGCUCAUUUCCACACUCCACGCUGCUGCAUAUCCCAUGGGGCACACAGGUGCGCGCGUCGAAAGUCGACACGGGCAGCCGCGGCAACAGAGACAAGAGCAGCUGCAACAACAGCAACCACGGGAAGAAGCGUAAGCGCGGUGCUGGUGCUGGGGCUGGAAGAGAGAGCACACAGGACGCAGACGGGGAGGAUGUAAAGGCGGCCGUGGUAGCGAGUACGGGGUUCGCGCACCUACUGCCUCCAACGCCCGAAGCAUGGACGCUGAGCCUACCGCAUCGCACACAGGUAGUGUACACGCCAGACUACAGCUACGUACUACAACGACUGCGCGUGCGACCUGGCGAUACGCUGAUCGAGGCCGGUGCGGGCAGCGGGUCGUUCUCCCACGCCGCAGCGCGCGCAGUCUUCAAUGGCUAUCCAUGGGAAUCACAAGAGCCGAGCGAAGACACAACACAGGGCGCGAAGGACAGCACGACGAAACCGCCAACGAAGAAGAAGAAACCAGGCAAAGUAUACAGCUUUGAGUACCACGAACCACGCGCAACCAAACUCCGCGAAGAAAUCAAAGACCACGGCCUCGACUCCAUAAUCCGCGUCACACACCGCGACGUCUACCAAGACGGCUUCUGCCUCCCCCCACCCGACAACAACACAACCACAACAACCACCCCCAAAGCCGACGCAAUCUUCCUCGACCUCCCCGCCCCCUGGCUCGCCCUCAAACACCUCACCCGCACCUCCACAUCCAGCACCCCCUCCCCCCUAAACCCCCUCUCAACAACCCGCAUCUGCACCUUCUCCCCCUGCAUCGAACAAGUCACCAAAACCGCCGCCGCCCUGCGCGCCCACGGCUGGACAGACAUCGACAUGCUCGAACUCGCCCAUCGCCGCAUCGACGUCCGCCGCGAGCGCGUCGGCCUCGCUGAGGAGGGCCUGCGUGGGAGUAAUGCCAGUCCCGCGACUGUGCAUGAGGCGCUCGGCCGGAUGCGGGUGCUUGAGGCGCGGCAUCAGGCGCAUCGGGCGGCGGGGGGGAAGGGGGCUGCUGGGAAGGGGACUGGGAAGGGGAAGAAUGGGGAGGGGAAGAAGAUGAAGGAGGGUGGGAAUGGGAAGGAAAAUGGAAAGGGAGAGAAGAAGAAAGGCACGCGUGACGUCGACAACCACGAAGAUGAAGCUAGCCCCAACGACGACGACGCAGCAGCAGCAGAUAUCACAGGCAACACCACCACCACCGACCGCAAACUAUGGAAAGAAGGCCGCCUCGUCCACCGCACGGAGACAGAGCUCAAGACGCACACUUCAUACCUUCUCUUCGCGGUCCUGCCGCGCGAGUGGACGGCUGCGGACGAGGCGCGGUGUGCGAGGCGGUGGCCUGUUGGGGCUGGUGGUGGUGGUGCAGGUGGUGUUGGUGGUGGUGAUGGUGGUGGUGGUGAUGGAGGUGGUGGUGCUGAAGUGCAGGCACCGCAGACGAAAAAGGUCAAGACUAGAUAGGUCGAUGGGUAGAUAUGGAUGGGUAGGGAGGGAGAUGAGGAAUUCAGGCCUGCGUGGCUGACUGGCUGGCUGGAUGGCUGGAU